ACAGUCGUCCUAGUUUAAGGUAAUAAGAGAUAAAAUCGACUUGCGGACGUAAAACUUAAGUAAAUAUAGAACGUUUUACAUGGUUGUGAGAUAUUUAUAACUUCCGUCUUUGUGUCAUUAAAAUAUUAAUUAUGGACCUUAUACACCUAUCAUUGGUUUUUAUCUCGUGUCUCCUGUCAGGCGCGGCUGGAGGGAGCUAUUGCACCAAUUCCAUCUCCUACUGCUCAUAUGGGUGUUGCAGCGACUACACCACAGGCUACAAGCGAGAAAUAUGUUGCGUCAACGACUUCAUUGAUAACGACGUUAUUGAAAGCUACAGCAAUGUUGCCGUGAUUGUUGGAGCCUCAGUUGGUGGUGUCAUACUGCUCGUGGUCAUUGUCUCCAUUGUCGUCUGUGUUUGCUGCUGCAUGAGAAAGAAUCGAGCUCAGGCGGGUCAAGUGAUGGCUUCACAAACCACGGUUAAUGCUGGAGUGUAUUCUAUGCAAAAUAUGAACAUGCAACCAGGAGUUAACCAGUGGCAACAACAGCCUUCCACCAACAUACAACAUGGGUUCAACCAGUGGCAACAAAUGCCAUCGUCUAAUAUGCAACAAGGAGUCAACCAGUGGCAACCACCACAACCACCACCUUAUGACACAACGGCAACAGACCACAACAAAUAGCAACAGCCACCUGCUGGUUUUUCAACUUAAAUUAGACCAUUACUUAGGAACAACAUGCAAAAUAGCGCAUUGAACGACACACUCCAUUUGACGAUUUAAAACCCUCUCGGUGGAUAAAGAUUACGAGAAAAAAUAAUAUCCUAUAUAGAUUUGUAUUGGCCUUUGCUAAGUGUUUCGAACGGUUAAAAAAAUGAACUCUAGAACAAUCGCUUUCUUGUUCAAUAUUGAAUUAUUUGCCUUAGGUACUAAAGUCUAAUGGCCAUAUCUGUUGUGUAAAUACGUUUGAUGUAUUUUUGGUAUGGUUUGAUUUCUCUUUAGAGAUUGUUAAGUUCACUAUUUUAAUUUGCUGUAUAUGUUUAUUUUAUUAAUCAUGGGUUAACUUCUAAAAACUUAAAAGACGCAUACUUGUUAGAACGGCGGAGUUUUUAUGUAAAUUUAAUUUGAAAAUUAAAUGAUUAUAUGCGAUUAGCGACAUAAUUAUCGUCAGUUUAACAGCAGCACAUAUUUUCAAACUAAGGGAAUGUAGUAACAUUCAUGCGAACAUAAGUGAUUGACCAUUACAUAAACGACUUACAUAAGUCUUUUUCAAUGAAUGUAAAAUGAUGACAAUCCUUCGCAUAAAACAAAUAUAUAAAAUGUAUUGCUUUGAUAAUAUCUUUUCCUUCGACAUAGUCGGUUUAUGCAUCUUGUCCAUCAUAUCAUUUAAAAACAAAUAUUUAUACAUCUGGAAAGAAAGACGGACAGACAAAUCAGAGCAAAGCUUCAUGCCCAUAACCCCUCAUACAAUUUUGGAUAUUAGAUGCAUCUUAGUGAAUUACAUUUUGUAUUUUAGUGUUACAGUGAAACAAAAACUGUCGCACUGGUGCCUGACACCUUGCAUAGUCCGUGCACGCAGUUUUAAUAAAGAGCAUUUGUAAUUCAGUUUUAUUUUACAGUAGACAUCUCGCACAUGUUUCCAGGAAUAUAUCGGUCUUAAAUAAAACAUUAACGUAGGAAAAUAACGCUACAUAUAUUGAAGUAAGUGAUGUUACUCUUGAGCGGUGAACAUCAUCACGAGGAGAUCAAGCUACCCUUGACAUUUCUGGUUGAUGUCACAUAUAUAAUUGUUGACAUAUUUUCCAGACAAAGUAUUUCAAAUAAGAAAAAUAACGAACAAAACACACUAAAAAUAUGAGGUCCAUGGUUGCUGAGAUUGCUGUUGUAAAAUUAUCCGUUUAUUUGUUUUACUUGUCGGUGGCAUCUAACCGCUCAAGACGUCAUGGCAUCGUUGGAUUCAAGUAAAUAAAGGACUUUAGAUAAUAAUACAUCCUAAAUAUUUAAGCUUUUAACUGUGCUUUUUCUAGAAGAUUUAAACAAUAUUUUCCUAAUAUAAGUUAGGUUAAAAUAUUAUCCCUUUCUCAUAAUCAGUUUUCGCCAUUAGCACGUGACCACGCUACGAUGUUUUAAAACACAAAACAUUUCGGCCUUUCAGUUAUAGAAACAUUAUUUCUUGAUCAGGUUGAUAUAUCUUGUAGCAAGUGUUCAAAGCAAUGAUGUUCUUGGCAAUAUUGUGCCACAAUUUUCACCUCUCCUCACAUAUUAAGAGGUGGCAUCAUAAAGUGCUUCAACAUUUAUAGGCAAAUAGUGGCCUGUAAACCUUAUUUGUAUUUCAUUAUUGUUAUGACGUCCUUACCAAAAUAUGGAGAUUGUGUAAGUAUAGUUUUACUAUAUAUUUACUAUAAAACAAGUUACAUACAGUAACAGACAGUUACACGGGGAACGUGGAUAUUUAUGUGUUGAUCAACAAUAAAAAGAAAGUAUAAAAAAACAGACUAUCAAUGAACAGUUGCCGUUGUCGAUAGUUGGUUGUGAUAACAAUAAAAUAUUGCAUUUUGAAAA